AGUCGUCCUGCAAAGAAUACUGUCAGAGCAACGCGAGUUUUACAGAGAGAUUUUUCGCAGGGACCAGAACCCCCUCGACAGAUGUGCCAAGACUGGUCAUGGCUAACAACCGCCAUGCCAUGUCCUUCGGGGACCUUUUGGUGUUUUACUUUUCCGCUUCUGAGAGUUUCAUAAGUCCUGCCGACGAUCAUUAUCAUCGCCCUCGGUUAUACUUUAGCCCAUUCUUCUUGAGCUGAGGAGGGUCCGGGCGGGCACUGCACUGUCGGUGGCAGCGUACACUAGACGCGGAGGUUCUAGAGCUCGCAACGAACGACCUCUGCUAUCUCAGCGUCGACACAUCGACUGCCUGCGGUCUUUGGAGUGUGAGCAGGCGGGAGAUGGUCGAUAUAAAUUCCGCUGCUGAUGGUCAACCGCCACACUCAGCAGAGUCUUCGAAGACCGAGUGUUGCUGGUCGAGCUGAGAGCUCAACAGGCGUGUGGAUUAGGGAGAACUGAGCUGUAGGAACUGAACUGAACUGAACUAAACUGAGCGAUUCGAGCUGAUGGCGACCAUGGAUCCCAGCAAAACCAAGGAGUACAUGCUGGUGGAUCCCAAGACAGGCGAUGGGCACAGGGGAUCGCUGAAAUUCAUGUAUGAUCUGGCACGAGGUAAGGGGAAAUGGAAGGACAGUCGGACAGUCUCAGAGCUCGCCUUGGAUGAAGAUGAAACGAAGGAUGAUACAACAUGGCAGCAGCGGAUGUCUCUUCUUCUGUGCAAGCUCAUGUGGACGAUUCACGGCCCUUUGACGGCAUUCGGAGCGGGUCUGGUGUACAUUCUGAACUUGAUCGAUGCCAACGAUGGCGUUUUCAAGACAUUAGGCCGUGCCCUGGUUAAUAGAAGUGCGUUGGUGGUUCGAGACCCAAAGUCUGCAGAACACAAAACGUUGUUUGCAAUUGCGGAUCCACGGUUUGAUCUCCAGGUGCAUGCUCCUCCUCGACCGCGGACACUAAAUGCAGCACCUUCAGCUGUCUUCUUUCCUGGUGAAGACUAUGGGGCAUUGGGCACAGCUGACGUGUCGAUUAUGGCUGCCAAACUUGCGUACGAGAAUCAGGCCUUCAUCGAGAGAGUCGUAACUGAAACCUGGAAGAUGAAUUUCGUGGGCUUCUACUCGUGCUGGAAUCAAUUCACCGGCAGGAGCGGCACACAGUUCUUCAUUUUUACAGACCAGCCGAAAGAUGCGAAGGCGAUUGUGGUGGCCUGGAGAGGGACGGAGUCGUUCAAUGGGUAUGACUGGAGCACAGACUUCGAUUUCUCAUGGUACAAGCUCCAGGGUAUGGGGUUGGUGCACAUCGGCUUUUUGGAAGCAUUGGGCCUCGUCGACAGGAACAGCAUGGAGUCAUUCACGAAGCUGGAGACCAAUUGCGCAAAGGGUCGUGGUAAAGACUCGAAGUCAGGAUUAUCAGCCGAAGUUCGCAGGAAUCGACAGCUUGCUUACGACAAGGCAACCGCUGUCGUGAAAGAGCUCAUGGCUGCGAAUCCAGAGGCCAAGCUGUUCGUCACAGGGCACAGUCUGGGCGGAUCGCUGGCGGCUCUCUACACGACGCUCUUGUUUCACAGCAACGAGGAAGCAGCGACCAGCAAACUGGGAGCGCUGUACACUUUCGGUCAGCCGCGGGUCGGAGGACUGGAUUUCUCGCAGUACAUGAUCAGCAAGAUCGGCGAGAACAGGUACUGGAGAAUCGUGUACCUGAACGACCUCGUGCCUCGAAUUCCCUUCGACGACAGGCUCUUCCAGUUCAAGCAUUCCGGCCUCUGCUACUACUUCGACGCUAGAUAUGGAGGAAAGACUUUGGCGGAAGCUCCGAAUCCCAACUUCUUCUCGCUGACGUCCAUCGUCACCGAUCGAGUUGUAGCUCUGUACGAACUGGUGCGGUCCCCGUUUUUCAGAUGGUUGUACGGUCCGGAAUACGCAGAGAAUUUCGUGACCUUCAUCGUCAGAGUGCUGGGCAUCGUGGUGCCCGGCAUUUCGUGCCACUUUCUCAACAACUACGUGAACGCUGUGCGCUUGGGCCCGUCGCCUCUUGUGGCCAAGCUCCACGAGGAGGUGCACGAAAUCGAAUCCUGGUGGUCCAAGAAGUUCCCCUGGUUCAGUCGCUCGCGGAAGACGCAGUAAGUGCAGAAUCAGACCCUGUCUGCUUCUUCACUCUGCCUGUAAUGGAUCGAUCUGGAUCCCAGAGGUAUAGCUCUUCCGACACUCACUCACUCACAUUGACUGAACGGGAACGAGCCUCGAAAAGCAUGGUCCGCUGAUGGAGUGUCGGGCGAAGACCUGAAGACAGACAUUUCUUUGAGGGUGGAAGAUGCGGAAGGCAUGAGUGAGAUUCCACGACAGAAAGGAAGGAGGAUGGAUGCUGGCUAGCAGAUCGAUGCCCAGCAGCCAGGAGGAGCUCGAGAUUGACGUCAUAUGGACUGCAGCAGCACUAGCCCAGCGCACGUGAAGAUGAACGAAAUGCAUAGGCAGCUUGCAACUUCUAGAGCUGAAUUCUCUGAUGGUGGGUGUAUAGUAGAUGUAGAUUAGCGUAGUGCAGUGGAGUUUGCUGCAGUGUACCUGAACAACGCGCAGGUAGUCGACUGAUCAUUAGUAGGCAGAGGAUUUUUAGACUAGAGCUUAACUUCGUGAACUGUGAGCUUCGAGUGAGCUACGAUGGUACUCCUUUUCUCUACCUCGCUCGACCACCACUCUUCCGCUUGGCGACCUCUUCUGUUCUCACGUCGUUGUUUUGUGUAGAAUGUCGCCCUGGGUACUGUAAUUACUUCAAUGUUCUCUGAUCAAAAUGAAGACUUCAGGGAUACAACGAGGACUGUAAUGAACAGUCUGGAGAUUGUUCUGUACAUAACAUGCUAAUUGGGAUACGAAGCACAUUCAAGGCGAUUGCCUUGAGUAUCUCUCACGAGUGUAUCGCUUACAGAAACAAAAUGAGAGUGAAAGAAGAUGAUACGAAUGUUGAAGAUGGGGUACAAGUAGAAUGGCGCCGUGAAAAUCAAAAGACGAGAAUCUGCAGCCUCAAAGGAUCCCAGCAGUGUUGAUGGUACUACACUACAAGUUUUGCGAAAGAUGUGACAAGCGAGGAGAAUAUUACAUGUACUGGCAAUAACGGAUGAGCUAAAUACUUUCAU